AUGCGUUUCUCGAUUGUCGCUACCACCUUGACCGGCGUUUCGGCCCUGAUGAUCCCCUCUCCACGCAUCGUGAAGGACCAAAUCGAGACCAAUGAGGCCGCUCUGGAGAAGCGGGUCGUUGUGGAGGCUCUCGUCAUGGCAGCAGCCACAGCCGCAGUCGGGCAAGUAGCCGUCAAGGCUGUAGAUGCAGCCAUCGGCCUGGUCAAAGACCUGAGCGACUGGACCGAGGCUCGCGAGUCCUUCACGCAAAAGGUUACGGCUGAGAUGUGGUCCAAGAAUCCUUCUCCGGGGACAUACGUCGCCGCCAUUUGCUACAACAUGGAUUAUACCUUUGCGAAUGCCGACCACUCCGAAGCCACCAAGGUCGAGUUGAAGUCUGGCAGCCUUCAUACCGACUACGACUGCAUGUUUAUGCAAAAGGGCAAUACCUUUUUCCCUCAAGGUGACGGCGGCUUCAUCAACUACAGCUACAAUAGCGACGGCUCUUGCACCCACACUGCUGAAUCCCUCGCUUGCUAG